AGAAAUUCAUGCUAAUAUUUUGGUGAUUCAAGGAAACGCUCAAUUUUUCUCACGUUAUGCUCAAGGGAACAGUGCCUUCACUCCUUCUAUAUAAACCCUAGCAAAGGAUAUCUUUCAUCUAUGUAGAAAACUUAAGCAAGAAUUAACAAUGGCAGAUCAAGAACAGCCAAAGUGGGAAGGAAAGACUUCUGCACAGCUAGCAGGCCUCAAGGCAGAACAAGUGUGGCCUCUUUUAGAAGACUUCUUUGGCCUAAACAAGUGGUUCCCAACUCUCACCACUUGCCUUCCUGUGGAGGGCAUCUCUGGCCAACCUGGGUGCUUGCGUUACUGUGCUGGUUUUAAAACACCGGUUGAUAACAUUAAUGGCGAGGUCAUGAACUGGACCAAGCAGAAACUAUUGUCCAUUGACCCAAGAGAAAUGGUGUUUAGCUAUUCCAUUAUAGAUGGGAAUGUUGGGUUCCACGGAUAUGUGUCGACUGUUAAAGUGAUAGCAAAAGAAGAUGGCUGCGAGAUUGAGUGGAAAUAUGAAGUUGAGCCUGUACAAGGCUGGACACUGGAGCACUUAGAUUCUUUUAUCGCCUCAGGUUUACAAGUUAUGGCCAAGAGAAUGGCGGAAGCUCUCCAAGCUUGAGUCCAUUGUCCACACGUAUCUGUUCUUAUAUUUACAGUGAAUUUGUGCUUUCAGUUCAUAAUACCACCUGAAAGUACUGUACAUCAAUUGAAAUAAAGCCAAUUAUGCUUUUCA